AUGAGAAUACCCGAAUCUCUGCGUAAAAAGUAUAAACGACAAAGCACAAAAACCUUCACAAAUGCUGUUGAAACAUCUUCAUAUGCUGACAAUAUUACAUCUGUGGCUGACAAGAUAAAGUUUGACCCAUUUUUAUUUAAAAAACUAUUUGAUGGUUCGUUGACGAAAACAAUACAACAUACAGAAAGUCUUAUCAAAAAGCUAACUGUUCAACAGAUCAAAGCCAUUUUAAUGGUGGGAGGUUUUUCUGAGUCCCCUAUGCUUCAAGAGAGGGUUAAAUCCUGCUUUCGUGGCAUUGAUGUCAUCAUACCUGCAGAAGCGUCCUCCUCGAUAUUGAGAGGAGCGCUUAUUUUUGGACAUAGUCCAACUUCGAUCUCUGAGAGAGUUCUGAGGUAUACAUAUGGUAUAAGUAUCUAUACUCCAUUCAUAACAGGCAAACAUCCAGAAAGCAAGCGUGAAAAUACUGAUUCUGGACCUCAGUGCAGGGACGUGUUUAACAAGCAUGUUGAGAGAAAUCAAAAUGUCAAAGUAGGAGAGCCACAGGUUGUAAAAUCUUACUCACCUGUCAACAAAAAUCAGAAAAUCAUUCCUUUUUCCAUAUAUGCGUCUGACAUGAAAGAUCCCGAAUAUACAGAUGUUGGUUGCAAAUUCGUCGGGGAAAUGCAAAUAGAGCUCCAAGACCGCAAAAUAGAUGUGUCGCGUAAAGUUGAAGUAAGCCUUACAUUUAGUGGUACAGAAAUUGAGGUGAAAGCGAAAGAUGUAAAAACAGGGAAAUAUGAAAAAGCAUCGAUUAAUUUCCUGGGGUAA